AUGGCCAGCAUACUGGAAAAACUGUUUUCUUUGCAGGGCCGUGCGGCUGUGGUAACUGGAGGAACGAGGGGCAUUGGCCAGGCCAUGGCAGUAUCACUCGCUGAAGCAGGUUCAGAUAUCAUUCUCAUCCAAAGAGACGAGAGCAACAAAGAGACGAAGAAGCAAGUUGAAGAGCUCGGCAGAAGAGCGACCAUCUACACGGCAGACUUGUCAAACCAAGAGGAAGUAGAAUGCCUGACAAAAAGAAUCCUCUCCGAUGGUCACGAUGUCAGCAUACUAGUCACCUGCGCCGGUAUUCAACGCAGACACCCUGCACACAAGUUCCCCAUGGAUGACUGGGACGAGGUCUUGCAAGUCAACCUCAAGACAGUUUGGACCCUUUGCCGAGACUUCGGUGCUUACAUGCUCACGCAAAGCCCGAAUCCAGUCAACAACCAUCGUGGUAACGUCAUCAACGUGGCAUCGCUCGUAAGCUUCCAAGGAGGCAUCACAGUUCCCGCGUACGCAGCAGCCAAGGGAGGUAUUGCGCAGUUGACUAAGGCGUUGAGUAACGAAUGGGCGAGUCAGGGCGUCAAUGUGAACGCUAUUGCGCCUGGCUACGUGGCGACGGAUAUGAAUGAGGCGUUGAUCAACAACCCCGAGCGGGCAGCUAGCAUUCUCGCUAGGAUUCCUGCAGGCAGAUGGGGUACCCCGGAUGAUUUUAAGGGCGCCACAGUUUUCCUUGCGGGGGCAGGGAGUUUGUACGUCUCGGGUGAAUUGCUAACUGUUGAUGGAGGUUGGAUGGGCCGCUAA